GUGAGUAGGCUGUCUGCGUGCCGGUGAAGGCGGAGCUGUGAAUCAGGAAAGAGUGACUUCUUCCAGCGAUCCACACAAUUUCCCAAACAGACCUCAUAACCUAAUGUUUCUGCUGUGAAAAGGAACCAUCGGGCGCUUCUGUGUAACCUUGGCUUUUUACUUUUUGGACACUUACAUUCAAGCUGACAUUUUUUAGGGAGAAUAAAUACAUGCGCCGCGACACAAGGAUGGUGGGUGAAAAUGGCACAGCCCCACACAGCCGCCGACGGGCUCCACCAUCACCUAGCAACCUGGAGCGUGUUGGCAAGGGGAGAGAAGGCAGUGGGGCCUGCCUCUUAGCAAGCAACGGAAAAAUGGAGACAGAGCAUAUCAUUAGUAAGAAACUACAACUGAAGAUGAAAGCAGAGCACCUGAAAUCGGACCUUUUGAAGAGCUUUGACUCCCAGGUGAGCGAGUUCAUGGACUGCCUGAUUGAGGAGUCCUCCAUUCUGCAGCCCGCCUUAAUCACGACUCCAGCGAUGUCUGACAAGGAGAGGAGCAAACUAAGACAUAUGAAACCCUCUCCGGAUCAGGGGAAAGUGUUUGUCAGUCGCCGAUCCCUGUUAGAUGAGCUGUUUGAGGUCAACCAUAUCCGCACCAUCUACCACAUGUUCAUUGCCCUGCUCAUCCUCUUCAUCCUCAGCACCCUGGUGGUCGACUUUAUUGAUGAAGGCAGGUUGGUGCUGGACUUUGACUUGUUAGUGUAUGCCUUUGGGCAGCUCCCUCUAGUCGUCUCGAUCUGGUUCUGCAUGUUCCUGUCAGUGCUGGUGGUACCUUACGGCCUUUUCCACAUUUGGGCCAGUCGGUACAAGUCAUCUCGGCACCGCGUCCUGCGCACGCUGCUGGCAGGGUUUCUCUUCAUGCUGUACCAGGGGGUGGUCCUGGGUUUUCUGCCCACGUUUCUGGUGCUGAGGAACAACUUGCCCCCUGCCUCUCGCUUCAUCAUCAUCCUCGAACAGGUCCGGCUGAUUAUGAAAGCAUACUCCUUCAUCAGGGAGAACGUUCCGAGGGUGCUGGCCUUUGCUCAAGACAAGUCCAGUUCCCUUAUAAUGCCACAAGUUACUCAGUAUCUGUACUUCCUGUUCGCUCCCACACUCAUUUACAGAGACAGUUACCCCAGGAACCCAUAUAUCAGAUGGGGAUAUGUGGUAACUAAGUUCCUACAGGUGCUGGGGUGCCUGUUCUACGCCUACUAUGUCUUUGUCCGUCUUUGCAUCCCCCAGUUCCAUAGCAUCAGCCUAAAGAUCUUCGACCUGCGGGUUAUGGUCCUCUGUGUCUUCAAUUCCAUCCUGCCAGGAGUGCUGGUCCUCUUCCUGGCCUUCUUUGCCUUCCUGCACUGCUGGCUCAACGCUUUUGCAGAGAUGCUGCGAUUUGCUGACCGGAUGUUUUACAAGGAUUGGUGGAACUCAACAUCUUUUGCCAAUUACUAUCGGACGUGGAAUGUUGUGGUUCAUGACUGGCUAUAUUAUUACGUCUACCGGGACUUACUGUGGAUGUCAGAGAAGCGCUUCAGGGCGGUGGUCAUGUUGGUCGUCUUCACCGUUUCUGCAGUUGUGCAUGAAUACAUCCUUGCCAUCUGCUUCGGCUUCUUCUACCCUGUCCUCUUCACCCUCUUCAUGUGCUUUGGGAUGAUGUUCAACUUCAUCCUGCAUGACCGGAGGAAGGGCCCAAUCUGGAACGUGAUCAUGUGGACUGCGCUCUUCCUGGGCCAGGGUGUCCUGCUCUGCCUCUAUUCCCAGGAGUGGUAUGCACAGAGCUAUUGCCCUUUGGAGCAGCCGUCCUUCUUGGACCUUCUGAAGCCACGUUCCUGGACGUGUCACCUGCACCAGUAGGGGGUCCCCGCAGCUUCUCUUGUCGGAGUCUGACAGCACGGCUCCCCAUGUCAACCCCAUGAAUGUCACAAGCAAGCAGCAGAAGAACAGGGUUAGAUCUGAUGCUGUUUUUACUUUGCACAAAGACAGACCUCUUGCGUUGAAGCUUUAUUAUGUAGAGUUGGGGUGUAUGGGUGCUAUAACAGCUGUAAAAACAGGAAAUCUCUGAGGGUCAUUUUCAAAGGGAGCCAUUUACUAAAAUAUUUCUACUUAUUUUUUGGUUUCAUGUUUGUGAUGAGAACAUUAGAACAUUUUAGCAGUAUGAACUGGGAAUGUUCAUUUAAAACAAAUGAAUCUGCCGUUAUUUAAGAACUGUUUUCCUCCUCAUCCAGAGCGUUGUUCUUGCCAACUUUAAAUUUUCAUUAUUUUAAAAAUCCAGUGUGAUUUGAUUUUAACAUCAGUUUCUAAACAGGAGAACCCUGGUUGCACAUAGCAUGUAAGAUGAAUUUUGGAUGUUAAUAAUAAUUUCCAUUGCCAGUUUUUUUUUUUUUUAAAUAAAUGGUGCUGGUACACUCAAUUUGAUUUCAUAUGCCAUUUCUGUUGCAAACCUAAAGUUUCUGAACCACAUACAUUGUAGAUCUCAAUAAGUACAAUAUAAGUAGCUGUCAAUAAAUUAUGAAUAACAAAAAGAAAUACGUAUGCUAUUAUAAACAGCCUCUUAAUUUUAAAAGUUUCCAAUGUGCAGUACUCGCAUGUGCCAUCACAAAAAAGUACUGGUUAUUGCUGUUGUAAAUCGUUAUGAGCAAUGAAGUAUUCUGUGACGUAAAAAUAGUGAUAAUAAUAAUUAUAAUUAAUUAUAGCCAUACCAGUCAGAAGUGUAGUCCAUCUGGUGAAAAUCCUUUGCACUGAACAUUUUUAACAUGAGGCCAUAUUUGACUGGUAUGUGUACCAAUUUAACCAUCAAAUGUUAUCACUGUCUGGGUCCCAAUCUGCCUAGUGUUAACUUCUCCCUGCCUUAAAAUUCAUUGUAACUCUGAACUUACACAGCUGGCUCAAUGCCAUUUGGGAGUAUUAAGAUACAUAUGUAUUAUUUUUUUGUCCUUUCACAGAUCACCAGUGAACCUUCCCAGUUUAUCUGCUAUCUGUCAUGUUUAGAUAGGAGCUGUAUGUUUGUGUGUACUCCUCUGUAAAUGCUCUGACCCAUUAAUAGAAUUGAAAAUCGGAUGCCUGUUGAUUGGAUGGCUUUAAAGUAUUUAAAUGUUUAUUGGUUAAUACCAUACAGUAACUAACAUACAUUCCAAGCUGUACAGUCCUACAGCUGCACAAAUGCCAGUUUAAGGACACAUUUUUUUCUCUCUCUCAACUUCAUCCACAAGGGGAUUCAUUAUUUUUUAAGUUACUGGGAGAGAGGGUUUGUCUUGUGUAGUAGUAUUUAAUAUAUUUUGUAUUUAUGAUAUCUAAACACAAGAAUAAACACUGGAUUGUAAACAUGAAAUUCAUACAAAAAAUUGUAUGAAUCCUGGAACUGGGGAUUGUUAUUGCAGCUGGCUGCAGACAUUGUAAGAAAUAAAUGUUGCUAUAAUUAUACAUUUAUUUUAACACUUUGUGCCAAAACGUACGUUGUUAGCAUUGUUGGGUAACUGGUGUCACUGACAUUAAACAUUGUAUCCCCA